AUGGAGCCCGGUGUAACGCCAUCCCCACCAACAGACCGACUUGUCUGCCUCAACAAGAAACUCUUCGACUCCUAUUUAAAGAUGAGUGUUUGUAACGCAUAUCCGUUCACUGAAACGCAGAACAUUCCGUUGUUCCUUGAAUGCAGCAUCGCCUACUUGAGAAACAUGGCGACCUGCAUGGUUUCAAGAGUUAGAGGCGUCGCUCUGGCAGUGUUACAGCCGAUAGGGAGACAGUUGUCCUCAAGGCGGAGGAGCAGCGGUGUUGUCCCGCAUCGCCUCUGGCACGGAGCCCGGAGCAGUCUGUACGAGCAUGUCCGUGAAGGCUACAGCGACAGGCCCGAGCUGGACAUGAGAGCGGUGUGUGAGGAGACCGACAAUGUCAUCUCUAACGUGGAGAGCAGGAAGGGAGACCUGCGAGGGGACGAUGUCAGGAAAAUUGUACGUGUGUGGCAGGAGCUCCAAGCAGUGAGGACAGAAAUUUCUGAGCUGGAAGAGAAGAAAAGACGCAUCAGUGAGACUGUCAAAACACUUGUGAACCAAAGAGACAAGAAGGCACUCGCUAAUCUUCCAGAGUACACCCAGGCUCUGCAGAGGGGCCGCGACAUCCGCACCAGACUAAACCAGCUCUACCUUAUAGACGGUGAACUAGACCAGGAGCACUACAGCCGAGCGCUCAGACUGCCCAACAACACACACCCUGAUGUGCCAGUUGGAGAUGAGAGCCAGGCUAGGGUGGUGGAGUUUAUUGGACAGAAGGCAGCUUUUGACUUUAAGCCCAGAGGCCAUGUUGAGCUCGGGGAGGAGUUGGGCCUCAUCAGGCAGAGGCAUCUGUCUCACGUCUCUGGCCACCGGUCCUACUAUUUGAGGGGAGCGGGGGCCAGACUUCAAACUGCACUCCAGAACUUUGCCCUAGACACGCUGCAGCAACGGGGCUUCAUUCCCAUGGUUGUUCCGGACAUGAUGAAGGGGGCGGUGUUUGAGGGUUGUGGGAUGCAGCCAAACGCCCAACGCUCUCAGGUCUACUCGCUGGACCCAGCACGUUUCCCAGACCUCAAUCUUGCUGGGACAGGAGAGGUCGGGGUGGCAGGCUAUUUCAUGGAUCACGCAGUAAACUGCAAGGACCUGCCUGUCAGGACUGUGUGCAGCAGCACCUGCUACAGGGCAGAGACGGAUACCGGGAGAGAGACUUGGGGACUUUACAGAGUUCAUCACUUCAAUAAGGUGGAGAUGUUUGGAGUGACAGCUGAUGAGACGGGAGAGGAAAGCUCUCAGCUGCUGGAGGAGUUUGUUUCCUUGCAGAAGGAGAUGUUUUCUGCCUUGGAACUACACUACAGAGUGCUGGACAUGCCCACUCAGGAGCUGGGUCCUCCAGCAUACAGGAAGUAUGACAUCGAAGCGUGGAUGCCAGGGAGGAACAGCUAUGGAGAGAUUUCCAGUGCAUCCAACUGUACAGACUAUCAGAGCAGACGCCUCAACAUCCUGUAUGAGAGGGAGGACGGCAGCCUGCAGUACGCCCACACAGUGAACGCUACAGCAUGUGCAAUUCCUCGAAUGAUUAUUUCCAUCCUGGAAACUCACCAGACCAAGGAUGGAAGCGUGCAUGUUCCUCAAGUCCUGCAGCCUUAUCUGGGUCUAGAAGUGAUUGAGAAGCCAAAGUACACUCCACUGAAAUACAUCGGGCCAAACCAGCACAGUCGACCACCGAGGCCUGGUUCUAACACCAGAUGAAAACCAUACCUUCUGAACACAAACCAAGGUGGAGACCAGGAAACGGAAAUAACAAUGCUUAUGUCAAAUGGUAAUAUUGAGAGUGGAAUUGUUGCAUGUCGGUUUUCUUAAAAUAAAAUAAAUCAUACUUGAA